AUGCCGGCCGCCUUAGCGCCGCCGGGCGCCAUGCAGCAGGCCCUGCUGGCGUGGGGCCCCGCGGAUGGCUGGACCCCUGGGCAGGCAGGCACGCCCCAGACCGCACCUCACAGACUAGGUGGCGUUGUCUACUUAAAGGCCCCGGCCAAGGCUAACCACCCAAAAGGCAGUGACAAUGGCUCAGAGAAGGACAGUGACGUGCCUGGAGAUACACAGCACCCUCUCUCUCAUACUCAGUCCCUCAUGAUUCCACUGAUCCAUCAGGCGCCCGCCCUGUGGACAGCACACGGGGGACCUCAGACAGACACCGCAAUGGAAGCCGACCCGGGUGCCGCCGGCCUCAGGCCCCGCACAGAGCCAGACGAUGAAGACUACUAUCCCCAGGGUGUCUGGGACACGGUCUUCCUGGUGGCCCUGCUGCUCCUGGGGCUGCCGGCCAAUGGGCUCAUGGCGUGGCUGGCUGGCUCGCAGGCCCGGCAGGGAGCGGGCAGGCGGCUUGCCCUGCUCCUGCUCAGCCUGGCCCUCUCGGAUUUUCUGUUCCUGGCGGCAGCGGCCUUCCAGAUCCUGGAGAUCCAGCGGGGAGGACACUGGCCGCUGGGGACAGCGGCCUGCCGCUUCUACUACUUCCUGUGGGGUGUGUCCUACUCCUCCGGCCUCUUCCUGCUGGCGGCGCUUAGCGUGGACCGCUGCCUGCUGGCGCUGUGCCCGCGUUGGUACCCAGGGCACCGCCCAGCCCGCCUGCCCCUCUGGGUCUGCGCCGGCGUCUGGGUGCUGGCCACGCUCUUCAGUGUGCCCUGGCUGGUCUUCCCGGAGGCCGCCGACUGGUGGUACGACCUGGUCAUCUGCCUGGACUUUUGGGACAGUGAGGAGCUGCCCCUGCGGAUGCUCGAGAUCCUGGGGGGCUUCCUGCCUUUCCUCCUGCUGCUCGUCUGCCACGUGCUCACCCAGGCCGCCACUGCCUGCAAGACCUGCUGCCGCCGGCCGAGGCCCGCGGCCUCCCGUGGCUUUGCCCGCGUGGCCCAGACCAUCCUGUCCACCUACGUGGUCUUGCGGCUGCCCUAUCACCUGGCGCAGCUGCUGUACCUGGCCUUCCUGUGGGACGUCUACCCCGGCUACCUGCUCUGGGAGGCCCUGGUCUACUCCGACUACCUGACCCUGCUCAACAGCUGCCUCAGUCCCUUCCUCUGCCUCCUGGCCAGUGCCGACCUGCGCGCCCUGCUGCGCGCCGUGCUCUCCUCCUUCGCGGCGGCUCUCUGUGAAGAAUGGCCCAGCAGCUUCACGCCGGCCGAGCCACAGACCCAAGUGGAUUCUGGGGGCCACACUUCGCCAGGGCCCAUGGCCCAGCCACAGUUGGAUUCUGUGGCCGCCCCACAGGCGGACCCCACAGCCCAGCUACAGUUGGAUUCUGUGGCCCCUCCACAGUUGGAUUCUGUGGCCGCCCCACGGGCGGACCCCACAGUCCAGCCACAGUUGGAUUCUGUGGCCCCUCCACAGUUGGAUUCUGUGGCCGCCCCACAGGCGGACCCCACAGCCCAGCCACAGUUGGAUUCUGUGGCCGCCCCAUGGGCAGACCCCACAGCCCAGCCACAGCUGGAUUCUGUGGCUGCCCCACAGGUAGACCCCACAGCCCAGACACAGUUGGAUUCCGUGGCUCCUCCACAACUGGAUUCUGUGGCACCUCCACAGGUGGACCCCACAACCCAGCCACAGUUGGAGCCUGUGGCCCCCCAACAGGCGGACCCCACAGCCCAGCCACAAUUGGAGACUGCGGCCCCCCCCACAGGCAGACUCCUCUGCCCAGCCACAGUUGGAGCCUGUGGCUCCCCCACAGUCAGAUUUUGUGGUCCAGCCUCAGCUGAACUCCUCAGCUCAGCCCCAGAUCCCACCCCAGAAGCCCCCGAGAACCCAGCUGUGCCUGCUGCCUGUGAGGGAGAAAGCCCCAGCAGUGUCCCCCUAGAGGAGACAGGCCCCACCUUCUGCCGCAUCCGCCAGGUGCAGGGGUUAAGUCAGAAAGUGUGGGAGGCGCUCAGCUAG